AUGGGUAUUCAAGCAAAAGAGCUUCAUCACUUUAUCUUGUUUCCUUUAAUGGGGCAAGGACAUUUGAUCCCAAUGGUUGACAUUGCAACAAUGUUGGCUGAACGUGGUGUAAUCAUCACCAUAUUCACCACAACACAAAAUGCAGCUCGAUUUGAAGGAGUGCUCAAUCGGGCCAAGGAAAUGGGCCUCAGAAUCAAUCUAAUUCAAUUCAAUUUUCCAUAUGUUGAAGCAGAAUUGCCUCAAGAGUGUGAGAGCUUGGACAUGUUGCCUUCUCCUGAAUUGGGUGAAAAAAUGCUAGUUUUCCAUGCAAGAAGUAACUUUUUUCAGUUAUCCUCUCAUUUGUUAUGUGUUCCCGAAACAGAGUUCAUUGCUAUCCCUGACCUUCCUGACAAAAUUGAUGUGAUGAAAGCUCAGCUACCAGAGCCAAGAACCUCAGAAAUGAAAGAAUUUCAGGAGCAAAUGAAGGAGACUGAGAUGGGGUCCUAUGGAGUAAUCAUAAAUAGUUUUGAAGAAUUGGAGCCAUUAUAUGUCAAAGAGUACAAGAAGAUGAAGAAUGGUAAGCUUUGGUGUGUAGGUCUGGCUUCCUUAUGCAACAAAAAUGAGUUAGAUAACGCUCAAAGAGGUAAAAAGUCUUCUAUUGAUGAACAUGAGUGCCUUAAAUGGCUUGAUUCAUGGAGACCAUCUUCUGUCAUUUAUGUUUGUUUUGGAAGCAUAUUUACUCUAACACUUGCACAGUUGAUAGAGCUUGGUUUAGGUUUGGAAGCCUCAAAUAAACCAUUCAUUUGGGUUGUAAGGGAAUCAAAGACUAAUAGAUAUGAAGAACUAAAGAAUUGGUUUAGGGAAUAUGAAUUUGAAGAAAGGAUUAAAGGAAGAGGUGUGGUGAUCCGGGGCCGGGCUCCAGAAGUGUUAAUCUUAUCACACCCUUCAAUUGGAGCAUUCUUAACUCAUUGUGGAUGGAAUUCAACUCUUGAAGUGAUAAGUGUUGGGGUUCCCAUGGUGACAUGGCCACUAUUUGCUAACCAGUUUCUAAAGGAGAAAUUGUUGCACAAGUUUUGAAAAUAGCUGUAACAUUGGGUUCAAAGUAUAUAGAACAGGGAGAAGAGGAUCGAAUAAUGGUGAAGAGUGAGACAAUUAAGAUUGCUAUAGAAAAAGUG